AACAAUAACAAAAGUGAUUCCGGCCGCACCGGCGCGCGGGCACAGUCGGGCCACAUUUCUCCUUUACUAUCAGUGGAUUUAUGCAUUUAAAAUAGAAGAUAUUUAGUAUUAUUUGGAGUUAAAAGCAAAACUUAGUAGAUGGAGUGAUUAAAAUGGACAAAAGCGGAGGAGAGUUUGGAUUUAUGUGUCCGAUGAGAAGAGAAACUGGAUUUGGCUUUGUUCUGCAUUCGGUUCGGGUUAAAUGUUUAUAUUUUCACUGUCUAAAAAGCUUUUUAACCUAUACAAUUACGCAUUUAUAGCAAGUUUAGUAACGGUAAUUUAAGAUAUACAUAUAAGAAUGUUUGUUUGAAAAAAUACCCCAACAACAUCAACAAUUUAGCAUUUAUUCUUAAUUAUAAUUUUGUUUGUUUUGAUGCACUUUAAAGAUUAAAAUUGCUUUGCAAUCUGUGUAUAUUCAGAUAUUUAUUAUACACCGUACAUUUUAUGCUUCUCAGCCAUUUUCAAUAGCACUUCCCUAAACAAAGGACUCAUAAUUCAAAAUGUAUCAUGCGCGUGCUUAUAAUGCAUCUUUUAGGUUUAUAAAUAGCAUGCAUGGCCUAACUUUUUAAUGCAAAGUGUCAUUGUAAAGUUGAUAGUUUUGUUCCACAAACUGUUGACCUAGAUAUUGGCUUUGUUUUGGCUCAGAGACUCUAAAGGCCUGUUUUUAAAAUGCUAUUCAUGCAUUCUGUGUCUACCUGUAUGAAACCUGGCAGAAGAUGGCUGAUACAACCAUACAAACUCCAGUCCUCACUAUUUUAUGUGCAAUUUGACUCACCUCUUCUGGAAAGCAUUCAUUAGUUCCCAUAUACUAAGCCUUAAAGGUUGAAGAUAACCCCAGAGAGCCCAAGUAAACCCUGCUGUUUUAACCCAGAUAUGUCUGAGAGUUGUAUAUCGGGUCAGACCUCGGAGGACCUCUUGGCUGAUUUUGAGUCUUUGUUGAAUAAUGGCAGUAUUGAUCUCAGUGAGGAUCAUCAGAUUGUCAUCAUCUCCACUCCCAACACAGCCACGACCAGCACUGCAGCGGGGGACCUACUGCUGUUCGCCACCCCACACAAUACCACCAGCACCACCACAAAUCUGCCCGACCUCAGGAGACCCACCCUGGGCAGACCACCGGUAAAGAGAAAGUUAGAUUUGGACAGUGAUCACCAGUACAUUUGCACCUUCCGACCCACUUCACAUGGACCAGCACCUCCGGCCACGCCCGCACCACCCAGAGUGCCUAAAUUGGCUACGGAGAAAUCUCGCUAUGACACGUCGCUGAAUCUGACCACCAAACGCUUCCUGGACCUGCUCGCUCAGUCACCUGACGGCGUGGUUGACCUGAACUGGGCCUCUCAGGUACUGGACGUCCAGAAACGGCGCAUUUACGACAUCACCAACGUCCUAGAGGGCAUUCACCUGAUCUCCAAGAAGUCCAAGAACAACAUUCAGUGGCUGGGUAAUCGUAUAGAUGGAGCGUCUGUGGCGAGAUUUCAGAAGCUGCAGCAUGAGUUAUCUGAACUGACAGAGGCGGAAGAAAAACUUGAUGAGCUCAUUAACAAAUCCAGCCUACAACUACGGCUCCUCACAGAGGACACCCAUAACAAGAAGUUGAGCUACAUCAGAUGUCAAGAUCUGCGUAACACUGUGGAUCCUCCAGAUCAGAUCGUCAUGGUGAUCAGAGCUCCACCGGAAACGCAGAUGCAGGUGUCUGAACCCAGUGAGGGUUACCAGAUCUCUCUAAAAAGCUCCAACGGUCCGAUCGAUGUGUUUCUGUGUCCAGAGGACAGUUCUGGGGUUUGUAGUCCUGUCACUGAUUGUAGUCCUGCUAAAUCAUCCAGUCAGAGCCCCCCACAGCCUGACCCUGCCUCACAGGAAGUGACAUCAACAUCAUCUGCACUCCCUAGCUCCUCCCCUCUGCCUCUGGGUACUGACUCGGACUCGUUUCUGGACUCUGAUCCUUUUUCUGGCAUUUGUGAGAUGCCGGAUUUCGACUUGUCUCCGUUGGACUCUGACUUCCUGCUUGAGCGGGGCGGGGUGGUGGAAGGGCUCGGCCUCCCAUUGGACAGUUUCAUCUGCCUCUCACCCCCACGCAACCAGGACUACCACUUCGGCCUGGAGGAGCACGAGGGCAUCAGCGAGCUGUUCGACUGCGAUUUUAGCGACCUCGGUCCUCUGGAGUUUUGAGAGACAGAUUUAAGUGUUGAUUUCCCCUUUUGCUCUCGAUUCUCGGUGUGAACAGGAAACAGAUUCCACAUCGCUUCACUUUUCAAUUCAGAUUCGUCAAUCCGGCUCUAGUCGCAGCACUUGCCAUUUAAUUUAUUUAUACAAAUAUUAAGUCACCUUCACUUAAAUUUGUGAAUUUGUUGUACAUUUAAUGUUGUCGCGAAGGUUUUAGGAUGUUGUAAACGUACCGAAUAGAGGUUUAAAUAUAUAAACUGACGAGGUUUUAUGGAAUAUAUCUCAGGAGUAUCUUAGAGUAUUUCAGAUGAGUGAUAAUGUGCUAGUUAUUUAGGUUAUGGUUAUGUUGCAUAGGUUGGUUAUGCAUGCUGCAUGAUAAUCGAUCCAUCAUCGUUCAUAUAUGAUGACAGAGGAUUGUUUUAGAAAUUACAGGCGCAAAAACCCCAACAGACUGCAAAAAAAAAAAAAAAAUGAACUAAAACUGCCAGGAUCCAGGACUAAAUGGAAGUGGACCAUCAAGCUAAACAUUAUAUAUGUCAAUAUUCUAAUCACAAUUCUAUUCACACAUUCUAUCAUGCCACAGACGUUCUGUAUCUUUUUAAGCAUUUAAAGUCUGGUUUUCUUUGAUUUUUAUUACAGGGGUUGUUCUGUAUUUACUGGAAUAAGACUUCAUUCAUAUCUGCUCCUGGUACAGUUAUUAUAUUCCCAUAACAAUUCUCUGUUUUGUUGUGUAUUUUGUGUUGUAUUGCCUGCGCAUGUGUGUAAAUGUUCCCAUACUUUCCAGACUCAUCUUGAUAUUUCAAAAAAGCACUAUAUAUUUUUUGUCUUUAUUCCUUUGGUCUUUUUCAGGAGUCCAGAUAUAGAAAUAUAAUAUCUUGGAUCAAACUUGAUGGAGUUAGUUAACUGUGCAACAUUUAAUUUGAGGCCUUGAUGUUGGGUGUUUGAGAAGAAAUUCCUCUCAAAUUGUGCUACGUCAGAGGACGUAUGAAAUAUAUAGUCAUGUUUGGGUUAGAAUGAUAUGAUAUCUUUUGUAGUGGGAUAUUUAAAUGCAGUUUGGUAGCAUAUAUACAGUAGAGUAGAUAUAAAGGACUCUGGAGUUCACGAGGACAAUGUUUUAUAAAUUCUUCACUUUAUUUAAAUGUAUAAUUUAAUGCAGAGUUUUGCCUUAUUCUGUUUUCCAAAGGCAGCGUUUGUUCUUUGGUUAUGGAUGUGUUUGGACAAAAUUUAAAUCACAAAUCUGUGUGUCGUCCGUUGCACUAGUUUUGUGUAAUUUGAUGUUCAUAAGAAGGUUAAGUUGCUUAUAAAUCGUGUUUUAUUGUAGUUUUAUUGAUUUUUGUUCUUUUGGUUGGCGUUUUCUUAGGUUGAGUUGUCUGGGACAAUUCUUAUGACAGAAUCAAGCGCUUUGGUUUAGGGAGUGUGACUAGUGUUUCAAUGCAUCUAAAUGUAUAAUGGCAAUAUUUUGGUGAGAUGGAUUUUCUCUGAAGUGGACUAAAGCUAAAGAAUGUGUAUGCUUUUAAAAUUAAAGGUUUUUUUGCAUGGAAAGAUAUGCAAAAAUUGUUCCUAUUCCCUGAAAGAUAUUACUGAAAUAAGUGUUGUAAGAUAUUUACCUGUCUCUGUGACAGCUCUAGACUCUGUAAACAGCAAACAAAAAUCUGUCUGCGGACAAUGACGCUUUCGACUUGUCAAUUAUUUUGCACGUUUUCAUAGUAUUGUAGUUGCAGCGAAUUAUUGAGGCUUAAUGCCAUUUUUAAGCCAUGUUGUUCAUAACAGUUGUCUCUUGAGGGCGCUAUUUUGCUGCUUUUGUUUUUACAGCCAUUUCUGCAUGAUGUCGGACUCAAAACUAAUUUGGUAUCUUUAGAGUGCGGGGUUUUGGGAAAAGGGAGCAUGGCUCAGUCUCAUGGAAGUAGAAAAGGCUGAAAUUGCUUACAGCUCCUUUAAGUAACAAAAAAAUCAUUUUGAAAUGUAGAGAAUUUGAAACGAGAAUUAUUAUGAUGUUUGUGGUGUGAUGUCAGUUAUCCAUGUGUAAAAGCUUCACAGUAUCAACUGUCAAUCAAAAUAAUUUUAGAUUGUGUUCUGAAAAUGACACAAACUCUUUGCCUUCAUACACUGGAGUAAAAUCUCUUGUGCUUUAGUGAAAAAUGAAAAGAUCUUUAAAGGUCAUUUUCUUUAAAGCAGUAAAUAAGAUGUUACUUAAUUUUUAGCAUGUAUGCAUGAAGAUAUGAAGAAUUUUACCUGACAUUUUCAGGAAAUUAA